GUUGUCAAAAUGGUCCACAAGAUUGCAGUCCUAUUAUUCCUUCCGGCAGCGAGCUCCGUCCUCGGCCAAAUUACCCUCCAACCGUCCACCAUCACCACCACCCGGCGCAACACCGCCAACCCAGGAGGUCCGCCGACCGUGACCCGCACCGUGACCAAGACGGAAUACGACACCAUCACUGAGACCGAGACCCAAAUUAGCACAAGCAUCAGCACCACAACCGAGUCCUACAUCCAGCAAGUCACCACCACAGAACUCUCCACUUAUACCUCUACAGUAUCUGUCCCCGUCACCCAAACCGCCGUCGUCACCUCCAUCUCCACCACCACCACCACCAAGACAUGGACCGACAUUUGCUCUUCCUCGCCUGCCGCACAAUGCCCUACCGUCACGGCCACGGCAACGGCUUGCAAGAGUUGCUUCGUCCCGCAGUGCACGACUACGAGUACCAUCACCAAGCCGUGUGGGUGCCAGGCGCUGGCGACGGCUAGUGAGUGCUGCUUGUUAGGGACUCAGUGA